AUGGUUGGUAAAGUACAAACAAAAUUAUUUAAAACAGUAAUGAAACGGGCGACGCGGAUGCGUGACCCAUACCGCCAACCACCAUGGCCCAACAACAACAGCAAUACAACAACAACAACACCUAAGGCCGCGAAGGCCAAAAAGGUGCAAAAAAAUAUACAGAUCAUUACUAAUAAACUUUAUCAAUUAUUAAUUUUUCUAUUAGAUGUCAACGAUGAUGGAAGAUUCGUAUUGCCUUUUUCUCGUCGAUUAAUUCUUAUCGAUCGUCCAUUUGAAAAUGAAAAGAAAAAUAACAUCAAUAAAAAUAAUACAAAUGGUGAUAAUUCAAGUCAAUCAUCUGAAAAAUAUUCUUCAACUGACAGUGAAAUGUGUGAUGGUGGUAGUGAAAACGAUACAUCAUUUGAUUCAUUCACAUUACCACCAUCACCAUUUGUUUGUGAUCCAUAUGAAUCAUAUGACUGGGAAUGUUGA